UUCUGUUAAUUUGAUUAUUUCUUGUUACGGUAAAUCAAUGCAGGAUGCUACUUUUCCAAAUUUGAAGAAUAUAAAACUGAGCAGGAUGGGCAGUUUGAGAAAGAUAUGGAAUCUUAAUGUGGCGGUUGAGAAAUUGGACACACUGGUCAUUGAAAAGUGCAAUCAAUUGGUGAGUGUUUUCACUCAUGACAUGGAGGGAAUAUUUCAAGGACUAAGCAGCUUGACAGUUACUGAUUGCAAGUCAAUGAAAACUAUAUUUGACCUAAUCGCCGAUCAGAACUGGUAUGCUCGUCACUACGAAACUUUAUUGCGGGAUGUUCAUUUGGAAUCACUACGAGAACUGGAAGAGAUAGUGAGAUGCAAGCAAGACCAAGAAGGGACACUUCAACUGAAAUCUCUGCAGAACAUAACAGUUCAUGGUUGUGGCAAGUUGCAAAAUAUAUUUCCAUUUUCCAUUGCUAAACACCAGCUUGAAAAUCUGAAAUGUUUAGUUGUAUCUAAUUGCUCCGAAUUAAAGGAAAUUGUAGCAGUGCAAAAUGGUACCAGCGACAACGGCGGCAGCAGCACAAGCAAUCCUGUUCCCUUGGUGUUUCCUGAGCUAACCUCCAUUAAAUUUUCUAAGCUACCAAACUUCAAGAAUUUCUGUCCAGGAAGUGAAUUACAGUGUGAAAGAUUAGAUGAGGUGUCUAUUGAACUUUGUGGCAAGCUCGAACUAUUUAGAGAAAGCCAACUCUUUCAUGAAACAUUUCCGUCCUCUCAAGCCGCAACAUCUGACCAAGGAACGCCACUCUUUCAUGAAAAGGUAAUGAAUAAGUUGAGGUCGAUGCAUAUUGAGUUACAGCAUACAAGUUCGUCAACUCGCUAUCGACGAGACAAGUUAGAAGUUCUUCGCUUGUCCCGGUUAAAGGACACUGAGAUUCUAUUUCGUUUCCUUCACAGCAAUCCUAAUUUGAAGAGCCUAUGGCUGGACAAUUGUCUCUUUGACAAGUUGGUGGAGUCUCAAGAAAAGUCCUCUUCCGAUGGAAAUGAAAACAUAGGAGUUGUUCCAAAGCUAAAAACCUUGAGGUUAACCAACUUGUCUUGUCUUAAGGAGAUUGGCUUUGAACAUGACGCAAUUCUUCAAAGAAUAGAGUCAUUGCUUUUAGAGAAUUGUCCUAAAUUGGAUACUAUAGUGCCUUCAAAGGAGGGAAUACGUUUCAAUUUCUUGACCAAUUUGGAAGUAGUAGAUUGUAGAUGCAUGAAAUAUGUAAUGCCACUUUCAACAGCUAAAAGCUUGGGUCAACUCGUCACAAUGAAGGUAACCAAUUGUGAAUCUCUGAAGGAAAUUAUUGUAUCAGAUGAUCAAAUAGUAGAUAAAGAUAAAGAAGUCAAUGAACAGAGCAGGACUAAUAAUAAGAUAGUUUUUAAACAAAUGAAAGCUCUUGAACUUGUAUCUUUGAAGAAUCUUGAAAGUUUCUGCAGUUCCGAGAUUUGUUCUCUUGAGUUUCCAUUAUUGGAGAAAUUCGUGGUGAGUGCUUGCCCCACAAUGGAAAAGUUCUCUGAAAAAGAAAUCAAAACCAUGCCAACAAUUAUGCAGAAAGUGUACGUUGUACGUGAUGAAGAGAAGAGAUUGUGCUGGGAUGGUGAUUUACGAGCCACAGUAAAACAUAUAUACGACAAGCAGAAAUAUUAUGAAGGUAUGGACAAAAUAAGUGUUUCCGAGCAUUCGGUACUUGAAGAAGGCUGGAAGACUGAAAAAGCUCUUGACAAAGGUUGGUUUUACAGUUUGAAGACUUUGACGUUGGAAAGGUGUAAAUUUGAAUCAUUUGCAAUUCCAUCGUUUGUUCUUCGAUGUUUGAAGAGCCUAAAAGAAUUGGAAGUGCGAAAUUGUAAAAACAUCACAUGCAUUUUUGAAAUGAAUGACAUCAAGGGAACAUUCCAGUUGGAGAAGCUCACUUUGGAAGAGCUACCAAAUGUGACUCACGUGUGGCCCCAACAGGAUAAACAAAAUGACAGCCGCUUUCGAAAUCUGCAGCAGGUGUUUGUCAAGUCUUGUAGAAAACUGAAAGCCUUGUUUCCUGUAGCCAUAGCUACAAAUCUUAAGAUGCUUGAGCAACUUGAAGUACAUUUUUGUGAUGAGUUGCUAGAAAUUGUUGAGAAAGAUAGAGUUGGAGGUGGUGAAACAAAAAAAUUUGUGUUUCUUUAUCUAACACGGUUGAGAUUGUAUAACUUGCCGCAACUCGAACACUUUUAUGAUGGAAUGUUCACUUUGGAGUGUCCAGAGUUAAACUAUUUGUAUCCGUUCAACUGCGUCAAAUUUGAACUAUUUCAGACACCACAAGAAAAUAGCUCUCCAAUUACUAGACCAGGCCUUUUCUCAAAUAUAAAGGGCAUUUCCAAGGUGAAAACUUUGAGCAUGAAAUCGAAGGACACUUCGGUGCUAAAGUCAUGGUUACAGCAGUCCGAGGAUCUUGAACUUGAAUAUUUAAGGGGACUAAUGUUAACCUUUGAUGAUGAUGUGAAUAAUGAGUACUCUACUUUGCAGUGUGAAAUAAUUGGGAGGCGGACACCCAAGUUAGAGAGAAUGGGCAUUAUGAAUUCCACAAGCCUCAGGAAGAUAUUGUGCCCCUCUCAAAAUCACAAGUUCCUUGAACACUUAGAUUACAUGGGCCUAGAAAGCCUACUUGAGCUAAGCUCCAUUGGCGGGUUAGAGUACUUGUCAAAGCUCCAGAAAUUCGGUGUUUUUCAAUGUCCACUUUUGAGGACAAUAGAACAAUAUCCCCCCAGUUUGAAAAAAUUGAAUGUGGCAGGAUGUCAUGGAUUACAGUGUUUAUUCACAUCCUCAGCAGCUAAAAGCUUAACGCACCUUGAGGAGUUGUACGUUUAUGAUUGUAAAUCAUUGAAAGACAUAGUGCGAAAAGAGCAAGGUGAAGAAACAGCCACAGAAGAGAUCAUUUUUCAGCAGCUAAAAAGCAUAAGUCUUCAAUAUUUGGAAUGCCUGGAAUGCUUUUAUCAAGGCAAUGCUGCCUUAAAGUUACCCUCUCUGGCUCAGGCGAAGAUAUGGAAGUGCCCCAAGAUGAUCAUUUUCUCUCAACAAUUGAGACAAGAAGAUCCUUCAGAAAAAGUCAGCGUUUCUUUCCACAGCGGAGCUGACAAAUCGGAGGUCCAACUAACUCAUUAUCAUGAACUCAACCUUGCAGUAGGAGCCCAGUUCUUAAAUCAGACACGUUUAUUUCUGAAUGAUUAUCCUGAAAUGCAAGGAAAAUGGGUUGGCGCAUCAGGAAUCCCAGUUGAGUGGUCUUUUAACUACUUAAAAUAUUUGGAGGUGGAAGGUUGUGACUUUUUGACAAAUGCAGUGCUCCCAUCUCAUUUGCUUCCUCUUCUGAGUAAUUUGGAAAGGCUGACAGUGAAGAAAUGUAAACGUGUUGCGGCAAUAUUUGAUGUGAAAGACACACCACCAGAACACGAUGAUCCAAACAAGAUUGUUAAGAUUCCCGUGAAGAAGAUCAUUUUGGAGGAGCUUCCAAUUCUGACUCAUGUUUGGAACAAUGAUCCCAAAGCAAGUCUCAGCUUUCCAUCUCUGGAGAAAGUCAUUGUUGAGGAAUGUAAAAGCAUAAAAAGUUUAUUUCCAGCAUCAGUUCCCAGAGACAACCUACAGCAUUUACAUGUGAGAAACUGUGGGGAGUUAGAGGAGAUUGUUACAAUUCCCCAAGAUGCAAAUAAUAAAGAGAUUAGUAUGUUAUUCCCCAAAUUGACCUGGCUGGUGCUAUGGGCUUUGCCAGAGCUGAGAUCCAUUUGUUCUGGAAUGUACAGUUUGUUAGAUCAGUCCGUUGUCUUAACAAGAUUAUACGUUUUUGGUUGUCCAAGGCUCACAGUUUUUCCAGCAGAUAUUCAGAAUUCAGAUCCACGGGGUGAAGAUUGUUUUGCAACUGAUGAUGACAAACACAGCUUUGUUUCUUCUGCACAAAAGGUUAUUACAUCCAAUUUUGUGGAACUAGUGCUGAGUAAGGAAGAUGUUAGAAUGAUUGAGAAAGGACUACUUCAUGUGGACCUCCAAAACUUAAAUUACUUGGGACUGGAUAGCUUCAAUGAUAAUGAGUCAGAUGAAUUUCCAGAUGUUUUCUUUUCAAAGGUGUCACUACCGAAAUUAACGGAGAUUCAGCUGGUAGAUUGCGCCUUUAAAGAUAUAUUCCGUCCAAAAGGGCCUGACAUUGAUUAUUCCAAAAUCCUCUCGCAGCUUAAAUGUUUGGAGAUUAACAAAUUACACAACCUCUAUUCGAUGGGGUUUGAGAACCCCUGGAUGGCCCCCCUUCUUGAAAUGCUAGAAACGUUGAACGUUUCGGAAUGCACCUUGUUGACAAACUUGGCAGCAUCAUCUGCUGUGUCUUUCUUCUAUCUCACUGAGCUGAAGGUAGAGAAUUGCGCAGGAUUGAAAUAUUUGUUCACAUCUUCAACUGCCAAAAGUUUGGGUGCACUGCGAGAAUUGUCCAUUACCAAGUGUGAAUUAUUGGAGGCAGUAGUGGCUCAUGAAGAGAGAGAUAAACCAGAAGAUAUGAUACUAUUAACUAACCUUGGUAUUUGUCUCUCAACGAGUUACCACAACUUGAAAGCUUUUACACAGGGAAUUCAACUUUGUAUUUCCCGAGGCUAUAUAGUAGUUUAUUGUGCACGAUCACUAAGUGCAAUAAGAUGAAGACUUUCUCUCAUGGCGACGUGCUACCCAAGUUUAUGCAAGGGAAAAUAGAUGAAGACCCUUGGCAUGGUGAUCUAAAUGCCGCAGUCCAGAAACAGUUUCAGAAAGCAAGCAUUAUCACAACUACUUCCCCCUGGACUUAUAUGGACUUGUUGCCUACUGAGAGAAGCUUAUUGUUGCUUUCAUUCAUCACGCUGGCCCAAAGUGCUAAUAGUACAAUCAAGAAGAAACAGCGUAGAACACUUGAAUUGCCAGUGAGUACGUGUCCCCCGGAAUACAAUGAGAAUGUAACUGGAUAGCACCAUGGUGGCAACUGGGAACUACUAAUGGAAGGAUUUUCUUUUUCGGCCGGAGUGUAGUGUGCAUGAAUAAAUUACCUGUGUUUCUGCAGGAAGUGUGAAAGGAAUAAUCUUGUAUUACAGUAGCUAGAUGUGUGUGAUCUUUUUAAUUGCAGAAAGGAUUGUCAUAAAUAAAUUGUACCUGUAAUUUUACAGGAGGUGUUUAUGUUUUUUUUAGAAUAAAGAUGAUAUGUAUGUUCACAUACAUGAAGUUUGUAUUGUUUUAAAACUGGAGGUGUGUUUUAAUUUCAGCAAUAAAGUUCACGUGUUAUUUCCUCA